CGGCUCGAUCACUUCUUCUUCUACCUUCACUGUGCCUGUCUUCCGUCUGUGACUUUGUAUCCGAACGACAGUGAAAUCGUAUCUUUAUCGUGUAUCGAUCGAGGGAGCAUUCGAGUUUCUCAGAUAAAUUUCUUCUCAUUUUGUGCUUACGAUGAUUCUCAUAGAAAACAAUCUGGAUGAGGAUUAAACUCAAAGAUGAAGAAACGUGAAAUCUCGAGAGGCAGAAAAAUCUGAACGACUUAAGAGUCAAUGGGGAUUGGAUAUAACUGAAUGAAAGAAGGAAGGAUCGGUGAUUUCUCAAGGGUGUUUUUGCAAAUGGAUCGGGAUUCGCGUGAUAUCCUGAUCCGGAAUGUUGGAAGGAAAUCGUGAAACCGGUCCACGAUCAGCUGUUUGGAAGGAUGACGCAACGUUUUCUACCGAAGAGGAAGAGAUGAGGUGCGGGCAACGUUCGCGAAGGACACGUAGGAGAGAAUUUCCACGGUGCUGAGCGCGAUUCGUAACGCGAGGGAUUCGAGUUUCGCAAGAACGGCCGAUCUACCUCACUGCGCUGUUGCUCCCGGGGUAACAGUUGGUGUUCAGUGAAUGAAUCUCAGAUUUGAUCGAAAUCGAUUCUGAAACGUCUCGGCCGGCUGAUCCCAGGCGGUGUGAGCAGUGGAAAGUGACAGUGGCGGUCGGACAGUGGCAUAACCGAAGAAAGUGGCUAGGCUCGACGCUAAUUGCCAGCCAAUUUCCGUUUUCCUGGUAAUGAAAACGAAAGAUGCUGUCGAACGCGGGAUUCGUUCUGGCAUGGCCGAGAUUCGACGCCGUGCCGCUCUCGAAAGUUCUCAAGAAACGUCUCAAAGCUACCUCGCAAAUUUCUUUUAAUCGUUAACGAUGCUCGAUCGCGUCGUCGAUCGACGAGAAACGAAACGAUCAAUCAGUGCGCAAUUUCGACGAGAUUCGUGAUAAUAAAGAGGAUAUUUCGCGUGGGACAAUGUCGUCGAACGGUGAAUUUUCGACCAUGUCCAGCGAGGAGCCGUCGUUGCCGAAGUCGCUGCCCAGUUCGAGGGAGGCGACGGCGGAGGGUAGUUCCGGUUCCAGCGGUGGCUACAUGCCUCUUCGAGAGUUCCUCGAUCGGUUCUCGUUACCGAGAGUGGUCAGACUCGAAGGUACCGGCGGCAGGCCCGUGUUGCUUUACAAACAGCAACAGAAAUCGCUUCGAGUCACCGCGACCCUGCUGAUACACCGCUAUCGACACGACGUCAAGGUGGGACCGGAAAUUGUCAUCCCAGAGGGUUACCCAGGAUGGUUUUCUGUGAUAUCUGGUAAUAAUGCAACGGGCAACGCGAGAGUGUACAGAAGAGUGGAUUCCCUGGUGCGCGCCGGGGUACCAGCGUUCCUUCUGGCUGCACCUUUGAGGGCGUAUAUCUUGACUCACUCGAAAAUGGAGAAUGGCAAUUUACGAGCUCAUUACACAAAGACCACGAUUAGAGCAGGGGAGAUUCUGCGGUUAAUAGCCGUGUUUCAAGACACGAGGAAGUGUACUACGGUUUCCUUCGGAAUUUCCGGUAGCUCCUCUGAAAAGGAUCAGUACGCGCAGUGUUUGGAUCCGCACGGUCGCGAGGUGUUUGCACCUUUGUCGGCGAGGGGAGAAUUUUAUGCUGUUUGCCAAAACGGGAGCAUCGACACCGGCAGCGACGCGGUAUUAUACAAACUGCAUCAUCUCGCAAAAAGACCGCUACCUCUCAGGGUUCGUUUGAUCGCUGGUCCUCUGCCCGUACCACUGCCGAGGGAAUACGGUGGCCUGAUGCAACUGGAAAGCUCGACGCGAGGUCCGAUUGUUUUAGGAUGCAUCGUUCCGGAACGGCCGGUGCAUAAUCCCGAAAUGCUCGAGUUGGUUGUCACCGGGAACGGUGCACCUAGAGUCAAAAGAGCACGAUUAGGCUACCCAUCGGAAGCUAGGCUUCUGGCUUCGCCAAAAAUGCAACGCUUGCUAUCCGCCUGCAGCCGGGCUGUCGGCGAUCGUGCAACGGAACCACGAGUAGCACCACUAAAACUGCAUCCAGUUGGCGAGGACCUCAAAGAGAUGCACUUGAAGAAGAUUAAGCCGAAGACAGAAACAACGCCUAUCCUGCAAAGUUUGAAGAACGGUCUUGAACACCUGAAGAAGAGCACUGUGCGCGAAAAGAGUCAAACGCGCCAAAAUUGUCGUACCGGCUUCUUGGAUAAGAUAUCGAAAUUCGCCCAAGGUAGUCGCGGCAGGAAUCCCGCGAAGAAGUCAGCUUCGUUUACGUUCGCAAUUAAACCCGAAAUCGCAAUGCGUUGCCACGAAAGAUACUCCAGCCUGGAACCGGAAACUACCUCUCACCCGUCACAAUCAAACUGUUCGAAACAACCGGUACAACGGUCGGCGUCCACGAGUGUUUUAGAGAUGCCAAGUAACGUAGAGUUGCAGCCAAAUUACUCACGCGUUAGAGACAGCCUCACGCCCGUGCCAUCGUUUCCCAAGUUGACCAAAACAGACGAUAUUUACGCAGAAAUUUGUGACGACGCGGUCUCCAAGGUCCAAAGGUGUCCCGGCAGUCACGUAAUGGCGAGGAUAAAAAUUGUAGUGAAGGGCCGUGAUUCGCCGGGGGCUCUAUCGACGAGGAUCAUUAACGAUAAUCGAUACGCCUAUGCGAAUUCGAUGGCGACGAGCGAGCAAAUCGAUUCAAUUAUCACCACGGAGGACGAAGUUAUAUAUAACACGAUAUUUUAAGCACGCAAGUUCGUUAGUUUAUCGCGUACGUUUAAGUUAACCGGCUGUGUUUAGUGACCCAGAACCCGUUCUUUGUUUUCUGUCGACUUAAUUGAUAGGCUGCUUUAUCGUUGUUGCCACUGUUGACUUCGAUGCGUUUCGGACACCUGUUCGCGCGCGACGAUUCACGGUCUAUGAAUGGCGGUUGACCUUGUAUUAUAGUAUAUAGAAAACAUCGUACGGAGUAAAUAAUAAUAAUUGCUUGUAAAUAUCUUUGCCAUACGUACUAA